AUGAUUACUGAGGCUUUUUUGAGUCGUGAAAACCUUUGCACACCCGAGGCAGAUCUAGAUGAUCCUGCUUCCUGCAACUCUUUUCCAAAUGAGUCUACUAACUCCCAGUCUAAGUCCUUGAAGUUGCCUGUGCCAUUUCGCCGCAUGGCUCAGCUAUCACCACCUGCAUGGUAUAGAAUUGAGCAGAUACAAGCUUCAGAGAGCAACACCAGCAGCAACUCUUCUAUUUCCUCAAUGGAACACUUGCAACCUCACCCUAAGAAGUCGUCUAAAAAACGCGGGCGCAAAUCUGAUAAAGGUGAUCGAGAAGUCAAGAAAACUAAGAUCUCAAAAGAGAACAACUCCGAACUCGAAGUUCAAGAGGAGUAUCUUGCGGCAGCACGUGCUAUGGCACAUUGCACCAAUCUAUUUUGCAACGUGGAGAAACUCCUAAGGGUAGGUCUACUCCUACAGCAAGAGCAGGCCGUGGAGAAUGGAGAAUUGGAAGAGUCGGAGGCCGAGUGCGAAUCCCUUCAACCAAUACCCUCGAUUGGUACAAGCACAACUAUCAGCAGUUGCUUCAACUGGCUCCGGGACUCUGAUCACUUAUUACUGAUCGCGCGAAGUCCAAGGAACUCACUCAGAUCGCACGAAAGUGGAACAUGUUCGGACGAUGCAACUCGCUUGAAGGUCCAAAUCGGCCACUAUGCGGCGCCUGAACCAUUAAAAGAAGCACUCGCUGAUUUCAACCGAGAUCCCGCAUUGGCCCGAAAAUGGAUGGAGAUCGGACGUAUUCGUAUGACCUCAAUCGACUUUCCGGUGUUUCUGUGGGCCGGAAAUCCUCCUGGCAGCAGGUACGACGAGGAUGCCAUGCACGAGGGCCUGUUCCAGGGCUAUCUCAUCGAGCAUAUAAUGCGUCAUAUUUUUACAGGUCCAUCCACUGCAUUAGAGCAUAUAGCAUAUGCUUGCGUUCAGGCACGCUUCGCCAUCAGCAACAAGAACAAAUGGUCCGAAGCAGACGGCAAAUUCAACAACCGAGCCUUUUACUACAACAUCAUCGACUUCAUUCGCGAGUGCGAGGACAGAGAUUGGGCAGAGGGACUUCUCAAAUGGUGGAACAGGGCAUUGUUUAAGAAUGAAAACGGGCGCGAAGGUGGAAUGACUAUAACUGACGACAACGGACCAGGCAAUGCGGCUGGCUCUUCCUCAGCUCCAAUCAACGACCUAGCCAAGAUGCGAGUGCAGAUGGCCGCUCGUGCCAGCACUGCCAAACAACCUGCAGCACCUGAACUCACUCCGACUAUCCCAACGCUGCCUCAAAGCUCUGCUCGUGCAGAUGGCCCCCAUCCCACCAAAAUCACCUGCACCGAGUGGACUCAUGCCAGAUGA